UAACCAGGAAGUCAUCAGAAUGAUUUUGGGGGCGCGAAACCAGAUAGAAAAUUUCUUUUCUCUUUUUCAUUAAAGGCUACUGGACCAUGUAAACGUUUUAAGAACCUAGUUGCUGUGGUUUCUGUUGCCUUUUAUUCGCCAUGUGUGAAAAGAUCACUAAGGUGAACCGCUGGCUCAGCACAGUGUUUGGAGAUCAGCCGGUGCCACACUUUGAGGUCAACACAAGGACAGUGGACAUACUGUACCAGCUGGCACAGUCCAGUGAAGCCCGGUGCAGUGACACAACGCUCCUCAUUGAAGACCUCAAACAGAAAGCAUCAGAGUAUCAGGCUGAAGGUGCUCAUCUCCAGGAUGUUCUUCUACAAGGUGUUGGGCUGUCCUGUGCAAGCUUGUCAAAGCCCGCUGCUGACUACUUGUCUGCUUUAGUGGACACUGCCAUGGUGCUUGGAGUCAGAGACACAUCCCUGGGCAGCUUUAUGCCAGCAGUGAACAACUUCACCAAUGAACUUCUGGAAGCAGAGAAGUCCAACAGGAGACUUGAGAGGGAGCUCAGGGCCCUCAGGAAGAGACUUGGGGCUACUCUGGUACUGCGGAGCAACUUACAAGAGGAUAUCAACAAAACUGUCAAAUCUCAGGCAGUGGAGAGUGCUAAAGCGGAGGAGAGAGCGCUCAAAAUGGAUUUUGUGACAGCAAAGGCUAAAGAGCUCAGCAACAGAUGGGAGAGUGCAGAGGCUCAACUUGUAUCCAGGAACAUGGACAACUCCAUCACCCACCAGGCUAUUGUGCAGCUCUCCGAGAAAGUCACCACGCUGAAACAAGAAAUAAUCCCCUUGAAAAAGAAACUGGAGCCUUACAUGGACUUGAGCCCAAGCCCAUCUCUUGCUCAAGUGAAAAUAGAAGAAGCGAAAAGAGAACUGGCUGCAAUUGAUUCCCAUCUUGAGAUGAAUAUGGAUUUCAAUUGAAGAUGUUUUGUUGUUUUGUACAAUUGUAAGCAAUUAAUUCCACUCUUUGUCGUGUGUUGCAGCAGCCAUUCCGUCUGCUCUAAAGACAAAAAAAGUUUGGGGAAUUAAAAUCAAAAUGUACUUCUUUCAGUAAAAACUGCUCUUCUUAUGCAACUUACCAAAACUGCAAUGUGCAAAGUCACUUAAAACUUCCAAACAACUUUUAUUAAAGGCCAUCAGUGUCCUUUUUCUGUGUAAAUUAAGGCAUUAUGAGCAUUUCUGAUUACAACUUCCUGCUUUAAACCUUUUUAGAGCUUGAAAUCUUUGUUACGCUGUAUCUAUAUUUGUCUUUCAGAAUCUGUUGUCAUUAGGAAGGCAUUUUAUACUGGUUGCAUUUUUUACAAUUGUGCCCCCUUCAAACAAAUCAUAUGACUGUCUCCCUCUUUUGAAUGUUGUAAGUAAAUAAAGCAACCUCCCUAGACUGGGAA